ACAACCGCCGAAAAAAAUCGGGAAAAGAAAUAUAAUAAUAAUAACAUUCGGGACCUGCGAGUAAAAUUGUUAAAAUCCUGUUAUUUUGCUCUGCCUGCGUUUUUCGCCAGGCACUAAGUCUAACAAUAGUAGAGUUACUUCUUCUCAGAUUUGCUUUGCUUUGUCAUUAUGUUGGUCGGCACAACAUCAAACUUAAUUUAUGGCUAAAUAUGUUUCUCAGAUGUAUGGUCAAUACAUACGACUUGGUUGCGUUAUGCAUUUUACUAUGCAUUUGCUCGUUCGUAAUCAAUACAGUCAGUUAUGUUUCGAUAAUAACACACAUGUAUAUAAGAGCGCUCAGACUGGUUGGUAAUACUAUUUUGUAAAGACUGGAAUAAAAGUCAACAACAAAUACGAUAGUAAUUCAACAAAAAAGCCAACAAAAAGAAUAAAAAAAAAAUAAUGAAAUAAAAGGAACAAUCAAUAAAAAACAAAAUCAGCAACGACAAUAAAAACACGAUAAUUGAUUUCAUUUGAUGCCAUCGUCGACAUUUGCAGUUGUUGUAGUUGGUCUCAUUAUUUUCGUCACCAGUCCAAUCUUUAUUAUCCGUUAUUAUGGAACGUAAAUUGUUUUAUAUUCUCACUCUAUGUUUGGGAGCUGUGCUCCUCGAAUGGCAUAUGCUUACUGUUUCCGGCGAGCAGGACGAGGAUAUUCCCCAUAAUGAAGUACGAAAUUGGGCUCUAAAGUUUGGUGUCGACCUAUGGGAGUUUGGAAGGCAAUUUACCAAAAUGAAUGAGAUAAAAAGCCGCUUCAAGGAUAAUGAUAUUGAAGUUAAGCGAAAAGAUGGCAUUAUAUUAUUGCGCGAGCUUUCGGCUGAGGUAAAAAACUUUAUGGAUUUCAAACGUAACGCUGUGAUGCGAAUUAUGGAUUCGGCCGAACAAGCUGCUCUCUCCGAAUUGGAAACUCAAGGCUCGCAUUCGGCUACAGCAAGCAACCAGCAUUACGAUGCUCGCCGUAUCAAUGAAUACAAUGCUGACGGCAAACUAGCUGAUGGUGCUCGUCACAUGGAUAUACGAUUCAUGCGCCGUUUCGAACGACUGCCCGUUAAUCUCAGUCUAAGUUCGAUUCUUGUUCCAACUAGUGUCUCGUUGAACGAGGAUGACGUUAAGGCAGCUUUGCAAUGGAGUUCACAUUUAGAUCCGUUAUUUCAGAACAACUUGGAACGAGAUCCGGCAUUGUCGUGGCAGUAUUUUGGUUCAACAACGGGAUUUUUGCGCCGAUUUCCGGGUACAGCUUGGCCACCAGAAGGUUCAAAAGGCAGCAAACAGAUACAUGACUUUCGAACACAUAAUUGGUUUGUUCAGGCAGCUUCUUCACCGAAAGAUAUUAUGAUUUUAUUGGAUUCUUCAUCGAGUAUGUCAGAAAAAUCAUUUGUGUUAGCGCUUGAGACGGCGUUUAACAUACUCGACACCCUGGGUGAAAACGAUUAUGUAAAUUUAAUUACUUUUUCGGAUAUGGUGAAAACACCAGUACCAUGUUUUAAGGAUCGUAUGGUCAGAGCUACGCCGGACAAUGUCCACGAAAUUAAGUCGGCUGUGAAGGCAGUAAGACUAGAAAAUACUGCUAACUUUACUGCUGGUCUGGAGUAUGCCUUUAGUUUGUUGCAUAAGUACAAUCAGUCAGGCGAGGGAAGUCAAUGCAAUCAGGCUAUUAUGUUAAUCACUGAAAGUUCCUCAGAAUCUCACAAAGAGAUUAUAAAACAGUACAAUUGGCCUCAUAUGCCUGUGAGAAUUUUUACUUAUUUAAUUGGAUCAGAUUCAGGAAGUCGUAACAACCUCCAUGAAAUGGCUUGUUCCAAUAAAGGUUUUUUUGUUCAGAUCAAUGACAUAAGCGAUGCCCGACGUAAAGUGAUAGAUUACGCUUUAGUAAUGGCACGUCCAAUGAUUAUGUAUCAAGCUGAUCAUCCGAUUCACUGGAGUCCGGUUUUUACGGCCGGCAAAUCAGGAGGCUUGGCACGUGAUUCCGAAUAUCAACGCCGUUUGGUAACGACAGUUUCAACUCCGGUCUUCGAUAGACGGAACCAUUCGAUUCGUGUAGCCAAUUUAUUAGGAGUAGUUGGCACCGACGUACCCGUUGAGGAAAUACAAAAAAUGAUACCACAACACAAGCUAGGACCGAAUGGAUAUUCGUUUAUCGUUGAUAACAAUGGUCGAGUGCUCUACCAUCCCGACUUACGUCCGCUAAAUGAUGGUAAUCAGUAUAUUGAUCAACUGCGGCCUAAAUAUACUUCGGUCGAUAUAACGGAGUUGGAACUGCCGGAAACAGAAAUUGGCAACGAUCAUGAAAUUGUGGAAAUGAAUAAAAAUCUAUUAUAUGACAUGCGUAGUGAUAUGAUCAUACCUAAGGAGGGGGAAACAGAGUUUACUAUUUUGCAACAUUUUGAUGAUAUGAAAAGAGUAAAUGCGAAAACACAGAGAUACUUCUACGGUCCUAUUGAGGACACGCCCUUUACGCUUGCUGUUGUACUCCCUGAAAAAUAUGGCAGCCAUGAACUUGUUUCCCAACAGGAGAUACGACAUUCCAGAAAAAAUGUCACGGAAUAUUUUAAGGGAGACAAUUGGCGAGUACAUCCAGAUUGGGUGUACUGUGAAUACAACAGCGUCAGCGAUUUGGAAAAAGAGCGCGAAAACUCAGGGGAGUAUACACCACGGGAUCAGGAACCCAGUUUCGGUUCAUCCGAAGAGCAGGUGUUGCAUUUCUUGGCACGAGCCGGAAGACCCGGCUGGAAGUGGAUGUCGGUACGACCGAAACCACCACAGCCACAUCACAAUAUACACAGUGCAACGCCUGUGGGUCAUUUCGGUCAACAUGUAAAUGUACAAGGUUCUCGUAAAGCUGAGCCUUAUUUUUGCGAUCGAACCUUGAUACAAAGUCUUGUGCGUGAUGCAAUGGUUACCGAUGGCUUAGAUCGCAACUCAACGGUUUCUCCAAACGGUAAAGAAGACAAGCAUCCUAUUGCCACUUUAUUGGCAAUAUUGAAAAGACAAGGAUAUCAAAAGUUUAUUGUAACGACUUCAUUCGUGGCCACGCGUUCAGGUCUGCUGCGUUGGAUUGAUCACAUCAAAAAGCCUGAUGACUCACCAGAACCACAUUUUAGCGAAGAGAAUGUUCGAGCUAUAGAUAUGUCAUGGUAUAAGCGAGCAAUUGACCAGCAUACGGUGGAACAAGAUAGUUUCGUAUAUAGUGUACCGUUCGGUUCGGGCUAUAAUUCGAAGACAAAUUCCACCUUAGUUACAGCCUCACAUGCUAUAUUCAUCGAACAUCGCGGUCAUAAAGCUCCAGCGGCUGUAGUAGGUUUACAAUUUCAACAUGAUUCGUUGGCUAAACAUUUUAUAAAUGUAACCUCGACCUGCACUGGCAACACCGGCUGCAAACGUUCUUGUGCUUCUGAUAAUUUAGAUUGUUAUGUUUUGGAUAAUAGUGGCUUUGUGAUUAUCUCUGAAGAGCCCGAACACACAGGCAAAUUUUUUGGUCAAAUCGACGGCACCAUAAUGGAUUCUUUGGUGCAAGACCGUAUCUACAAACGUGUAACGGUUAACGAUUACCAGGGCAUAUGUUCAAAUGCCGAUAAUCCAUACGCAGCCACUGGGGAUAUAAUAAAGCCUUAUCGUGACAUAUCUUGGUUAUACAACUACGUCGUACAUGUAAGUGCAGCCUGGUUAGGUAUGCUGCCAUUGCCAUUGCCAUUGCGAGCGUGGCCCCAAGAUGACUACACGUACAAUGAAGACUUUGAAGAACCCACCUAUCCAGAUGAUUAUGAGCCAUUCGAAGAAGACUAUAAUUCGCCGGCAGACGAUGAAUUGGAAGAAUUCUUCACCACGACAGAUGUCGAAUAUACAACACCAACACCAAAGCAACAUAAACCGUAUGUCGGUCCUAGAAUGAGUCCUGAUCCUCAUAAUGCCCGACGUUGCGACUUACGUACCGACUUAUAUAUGCUGCAGCCAGAAAGAUUAAACCAAGGUGGUCAAAAUAAUCCCCUAAAGGGGAAGUUAACAAAUUGCCAUGUGUCAGGAUGUGAACGUCCAUUUAGUGUUCAGAAAAUACCCCAUAGUAACCUUAUACUUCUUGUUGUGGAUACGUUAUGCCCUUGCGGCUCCAAACAAUUAGACAUUGACCCAAUAGAGGAGUUGGGUAUAGUGGGAGCCUGUAGCACCCGCCGUCAAUCGCAAGAAACGCAGAAGCGAAGACGACCCAAGAAAUGUAUCAAUUAUCAUCCGGAAGAAAUCGAAAUUCAGCAAUGUGGACGAGGUGCCCAUCCUUUCCAGAAUCCUUCAUCAGUCUUAUUAAUUCAUGUCGUAAUGAUUUUAGUUACAACUCUGUUAACAAACGCGUGAUGCUAAGCAAAUUAAAGUAAUAGGGCCAUGAUUGAGAAUCACUUAAAAACAAUUCGUAACGUGCAUACGCAUAACCACCCAAAUUAACAUACAUUCAUGGGAAUUCCUUCGUAACAUUACACACCAAUAGAUAACAACGCAAACAUAAUAUUGACAACAAUAGUUAUUACAAAAUGAAUGAGUGAAUGAAUGAUUGAAUGAAAGUUAAAUUGCGGAUUAUUGUAUGUAUGCAUCGUGUAUACGUUCCGAGCAAAUACCAUAACUGUUUUAUGAUUGUAAUUGAUUAACGAAGUGUAAAUCCAUGAAUGAUUGAUUAAAUGUGAGACUGAGUGUGGAAUUUUUUUUUUUUAUUUUGUUUGUUUCAUUUACGUUUCUUUUGACGAUCAUAGACUUUGGAUAAGUGCAACAACAAUGAGAAUUUAUUGUAUUGAAAAAUAAAUAACGAAAAGAAAUUUGUUAAAUAAAAUACAAGAGAUUUUUUAAGGCAACUCUGAUUUGCAACAAAACUAAAGAAUAACAAUAAUGAGCCAUUAAAAAACGAGUAUUUAAGUGUACCUAUUACCAAAAGCAACCAUUUUAUAAUAGCUUAAGGAAAGAAAGAAAAAGUGGAAAGUAAAACAAGUAGAGCGAAGCGAGAAAAAUUAGUUAGUGUUAGUAUAGAUUAUUGAGACGAUUAGUUAACGAAAAAUUUGAAAAAGUAAUCCUAAAUUAAAUUACGUUAUAUAGAAAACGAGAUUUCCUUUUUACGUUUCUUUAAGAAACAAAAGCGAAAGCAAAACUAAAAAAACAACAAAUUAUUUUUGUUAAUUUUUUUUCUGUGCAUUUCUAGGCAAUAAACUUAUUACUAGCAAAUUGAUGAUGAUGAUCAGGUCGGAUCUUCUUAAUUAGCUUAUACUUAUGCUUGGUUUAGGUAGAAAAAAUUUUCAAGACAGAAUUAUUACUAACGACUACCAAAUCGAAUAGAUAUUGGCGAAAACUGUCUUAAUUUAAUUAUGAAAGUGGAGUAAGUAAAAAACAUGAAAAUUAAUUAAAUACAAAAGAACAGAAAGUUAAACAUAAACUCAAUUGUUGGUAAAUAUUAUUUGUUAAUACAAGGUCAGUGUAUGUAUGUAUAUGUAUUUGUAAAUGUAAUAAGGAAUAAGCGUUUUCUAUUAAGUGUGUAUAUACAUAUUUUAUCGUUUAAUACAAAAGCGCAUACACAUCACAUCCGCAAAUAAUAAACAAGAAAGAGAAACAGACGGAUUAUCAAGCGGUUGAAUCAUGAAUAAACAUAAAUAAACAAAAACAUAACACAGUUAAGGCAAAGUCAACAUGUUUGAAGAGAGAUAAAAAGCAAAAGCUGUCAAAGUUUUGUUUGAAAUAAACCGAAUAUUUGCGUUCCUUGCUUCCAAAUGAUUCAGAAAAAUUGCAGGCCAGAUUACCUCAAUCAUGAGCAGACUAAACUUUAACAAAUACAUGCGAGGAUGCCACUCUUAUUUCAUAUUAACACAUAUUUCAUUUUAAGACCGAAAAGUAACUAAAUUAUAUUGACGACUGCUUCCCAGAUAAAGAACAAAUUCCUUACUGGUUUCUGGUGAACCCAAGCGAACACAAAGAACGAGAAUUGAACCAUUUUGCGAAAACAGGAAAUAUUAUGUCACGUUUGUUGUUUAUGUCACGCCACAAUAAGAUAUUCUUAUUAGGGAUAUAAAUAAACUUACGUGUAUUUUUCGAAUAAACUUCAAUCUAAUCAAAAAAUAUUUAUUGCAAAUCUUAAUAAUCGAAUCUAAAUAUUUACCAGCAUUAUUUAUAGUUUUUUGCCACUUAUCGGGUAACUUGUAGAUGGCCUUACGGUAAGAACUUCACGGUUUCGAGGCGUAAUAGUCGUCGACUCUCACCGCUUUGAGCGAAAGUUCCUAACUUUUAUUAAAAUUGUCUCUUCAAGUUUGAGAUAUUGCAGAUGUAACAGUUUCACUGGGUUCCAGAAUUUCAUAGUCCUUGAUUUCUUUUCAAUUCUUUUAAACGGAGCACAAGAACAUUCCUUCUUUUCAAGGCUAACAUUUUUUUGUACGAAAUCCCGCAAAUCACUUUCCAACUGUUUCAUAGCUUGCUGGAAGCCAACUUAACUUUUGGCGUAGCCUAAGCUGAAUUUUUCCCCAUUUUAAAACAGAAAAACAUCGAGUGCUUUAAACGCUGCUUGUUGACGUCUAUCUACUCUCUGAUAUACACUGACGGAUUACUUGCAAACAACUGAACCUUUUACCGCACAAGCGCCUACGUUGUGUAUAUCUGAAAUUUCGAGAAAUAUGAACGCGUUAUGUACGUUUUGCUAAGCUGCCAACUUCACUACACAGAAUUUAUUUGUUCAUUUAUCUUUUCAUCAUUCUAUUUGUGAUACUAAGAGUUUGUUGCGUACUUGGAUAAACGGUACAUUUCUCAUUUCUUUGUAAAGAGGAAAGUGAUCCAGUCCCUUCGAUUUUUAAAUAUUGUGCUUAGUUUUAUUGUUGAAUUCAAUUCAAAUGUAUUUGCAAGAAAAAGCCUUCAAUGGCAAUGAGCAUGGCAACUGCCUAAACAUCAACUUGUACACGAGUAACCUUCACCAAGCAACCAUACCUCACGAUUUUUUCAAUAUCUCUCCUCACACUUGUUAUGAAAUAUAAAAUAAAAGAAAAAUCACUUUUAUGUAAAUAGUGUUGACUACUCAAUUUAAUAAUAACACAAGAUCAAAAAAUUGAAAAUAAUAUUAAAAUUUCCUACCGAUUAUUUUACAUAAUUCUGUAACAAAAGAAAUUCAUUUCAACCAAAGUAUUUAAAUGACAGUUAUUUUUACUAAAUAUCUAUGCCUAUAAUGAAUGUAUUAACCAUCAGAUUUUGUUAUAAAGUCGUAAGUGCACUGACUGGAAACGCGCACAAAAUUUGCGAAAAACUUAAAAACAAAACACAUUAGUUGUUUUUUAUUCAUUUUAAUUUUAUUGAUGAGAUAAAAACCUAUACAAUAACAAACAAAUGUAGAUUAUACUGAAACAAAAAACGAAAAAAAAAUAUGUUAUCAAUUAUAAAAUCCUAAAAUGAUGAAACAUAGAAAAACAAGAAGACUUAUUGAAUUCAUAUCAACAAAACUUGAUUUUUUUUUAAUUUUUAAAAUACAAAAAAUUUUAUAAAUGUCUAUAAAAAAUUUAUAUAUAUUGAAAAAUGUUUUCCCCCGUUCUGAAUUUUGACACAUGAUAGAUAUAAACUAAGAAGCAAUUUCGAAAUUAUUGAAAAAUAUUACGUAUUUUAAUUAUCACUCCAGUCUUAGACAAAUUAAGCAUUAAGCCGGUCCAAAAAGAAUUACAUUCCCAAACUUCCGAAUUAUAUUUUUUUCAACGAACGAAUUCUUAUUCUACAGUUUUCAAACAAUUUUUUAAAAGAACUAAAGAUAGUUUUUAAUGAAAAUAAAUCAGCCUAGUCCACCUUUGAAAUGAGAAAGCAACGUUCCCAAAAAACUGUAAACCUACCGCAGAAGUGAAUUAUGCGAAACAUAAACUUAUUGGUUGCAAGAAUAUCUAUUGCUCAUAUUGCGGUUCAAUUAAAAGUUUGCUAAUGUUUAACAUCAAUGAAAACAUAGCUCCACGCUUUCAUUUAUGGUUACAAAAAAGUAAAUGAGAUAAAAUUUAUCCUCCACAUUUUGGUUCAUUAAACGUUAUUGCUCUUCACAUUCUACACUCCAAGCUCUCUUAUUUGAUACCCAUAUUAAAAGUAGUGUUAAGAAAAACGAACCUGCUACGUCGUGGUAUCCACCAUAUUUAUUUUAGCAUUAACGCAUUUUUAGGCAUCAUCUAAUCAUCUUCAUACAUACAUAUACUAAAUACUUUUAAAGAUUGUGUCUUGUUUAACUUAUUGUUAAUUAACAAAAAAUCUCGAAAAAACUGAAAAAAGGAAAAUUCAAUCAUUUAUAACUUUGUAUGGGCAUAGCCGACUUUUUUUUUGCCAAUAAUAGUAUAGUUUUCCGUAAAACAAAUGUAGAAAAUUUUAACCUCCUAUCCUUCAUAAUUUGCGAGUAAUGAAUAAAACCCCAAAAAAUUUUGCUUCAUUUUUGCGAUCUGGAGAGUGUCAACAACAUGCAAACGGACAGACAUGGCUUCAUCCAUUUAGAAUUUCAUGUUGACCAUGAAUAUAUAUACUCUGAAGAUUCUUUUUGGGCAUUGUGAACAUGACAAAAUGAGUACAUCCCCACUUUCCGGUGGUGGGUUUAAAAAUCAAUCUAUCCACAGAAAGAUUAGUACAGACGAUAAAUGGAAGCAACUUGAAAACAACAAUGUUCGGCUAGAACAUACAAUAUUUAGGAAAUAUUUCCGAAUGUUGUUACGUAGAGAUUCGUAAGGACCACUUGCAUAGUCGGCAGAAUAAUGGGCCUGAUCGGUUUACUAACGCGCCAACAGUUAACGGCUAAAUAGUUGAUAUUUCAUGUACGCUUCGUUGUAUUUUUAUGUAUUUAUGAUUUUUUCGCUUCUUUUAGUUUCUGAUGUUAUUUAAAUUAUUCCCAGGAAACCUUGAUUGCCGCGACUACGUUUUUUAGGAACUUACUCUUGAAUUACAGUUUUUGAUUGCAAUUGAGGUUAUUUUUGGUAAAAAUGUACUACUAUUCAAAGGGAUUUAGGCAUCUUUGUAGGACUGCAAGAUUGGUAAGGAGCUUUUUAUUAUUUCACACUCAAUCAGAAGGCGAAAGGAUAACGCUAGUGAUCUAUGAAGUUGUUUAACUUAUCCUAAUUCUCGAAUAAUCGCUUCUUCUAUGAAUGAAAUCGCCUAAGAAUCAAUCACAUUUUAUUGUGACAAAGUGAUUUGAAUUGACAUAUAAGCGAUUGCUAAACGAUGGUCUGCCUCUUCCAUUGUCAUCGUAACUAAGGUCGUGUUCAUGCUGCCAGGAAAGCAAGUUAAAUAAACGGUUAUAAUAAAAAUAAGUACAAGUUCUGCUAAAUUGUGUUACGAUUGCAUUUAUACGAAAGUUUUAAACAAAAUUUACAAAAAAUGAUAGUAUCAAAAAUCAUCUAACAUGAAGUUUACACGCAAAAUGAAUUGUUAUGCGUUUAUAUUUACGUUUUUACGUAUUGUUAAUCAAUCGGGACCAUUCUCACGUCAAUCGUUCAGGCGAUGAGCCAAACGCGAACCUAAUCUGUGCAUAAUUCACUUACAAGCGAAUUGAUUUUUUUAUUUGUAAGAUUUUCUCAAAGGAUUGGUGUGGCUUCUCUCAAAAGACUCUCACUAUUACAAAAAAAAUUCUAUGAUCUACAGAAGGUCCUUACUGCUAAAAUGUUUGAAUAACUUUUAACACUAUUAACUUAUAAUAAUUUAAAUAAAACAAUUAGUUUGGCAUUAUAAGCAAAAAAAUAUGUUUUAUUUGUAAUUAUUCAAUGAAAAAUCGAACGCGGAGAAAAUGUUCCAAGAAGAGUAGUUUUAUUUUCCAAACACAAGUAAAAAAUCAAUUGAAAAUUGCAAACAAUUUUAAUAAAUAUUAAAAUAAACAUCACAAAAUAUCGUUUGCAAAUCGUUUAUCUUUUUCUUACAAAGUAAUUUACAUACAACGCCAAACCUAGAAUACAAGGAAAAGGAUAUGUGCAAUUUGGUUUUAAAUUGUAUAACACUUUAAAUUAAUUUUUUCUCUUUUAAAAUAUUCUCUUACUAUCAAUAAAUUUCUUAUGAUUAUAGUUAAAACUAAGGUUCUUCUGCUUUCCGACUCUGCUAUAAAAUUAACCUAAAAAGACGAAGCAAAAGUCAAAAUUAAAUUUAUGUAAAAAAAACAAAUAAUUAUAUAUAUGUGUUUAUAAUAUUAAACAUCAACAACUAAAUAUAGAUAAAAUCCAGUUAUUUGCAUUAAGAACAAAAAAAGGAAAACAAAUAUAUAUAAAAAAAGAAAGAAUCGUAUAUUUUCUGUGUCUUAAACUUGUAUAAAAAAGAAUGUCUUCCAAUAAGUAAUGUUUAAAACAACAAAAAACACACUUUUUACUACAAAUUAUCAUCAGAAUUAUUAAACCAAACAAAAAGAAAAAACAAAAAUUCAGAAAAGACAAGAAAGUUUUGCACGUAAUUGUUUUAAUGAAAGAUCCCUAAAAUAUUUGAGAGAAACGAUUUCUCAAAACAAAAAAAGAGUUCUGUGCAUGGAAGGCAUGACAACAUAAAUGUUUCCUCUAAAAUUUAUAUAAUAUAUCAGCCAUAUCAACACCUUAAAAAUGUAUGAUAUUCACUGAAUUGGGAUUGCGAUACACACAUUUCACACAAUUAUAUCGAUAACACUGACACGAUUGAAAUUGAUAUCGGAUUGCGGCAAAUCUUGCCUUCAUCUAUACUGGGAUUAGACUAUACAUCUUUUGUGAUUUCUUUUGCAAUCUUCCGAUCCAUACAUCAGAGAAUGCAUUAAGUAAGUAAAUCAGUAGCUGGUGCGUGAUUCCAAAAUUGCUCAUCUGAGAAACUCAAGCAGUGAACUCUCUAUGAGUAAAAUUGAAAAUUUACCGUCUACCACUAUUCCCAAUACAUAUGAAAAAAUCCAAAAAUUUAAAAAUAUUUUGUCAAUAAUACACGAUCCACAGAAGGGGUAUAAUCUGCGGAAAAAGGUAAAAAUGAAUUCCAAGUUUGAAGAUCGAAGCCGUGGAUUGCCUGCCCAUAGAUUUGCCAUUGGAUGCCAUAUUUGUUAGAUCUUCCAAUUUUGUUAGUUUCGUUAUUGUUUAGGAACUUAAUCAUGUAAAUAAUAUAUAGAAUUUACUGAUGCUGGAUGACGAAAAGUGUCCAGUAGUUAAUUGUUAUAAAUUUUGCUCGAGCUGUUUAAACUUCAGUUGCAGUUAUAUAAAUGAACGCGUGUGUAAUUUUUGCCAAAAUUUAUUAUUACGAAGAAAAUCUUUAAAAAAAUGACGAGUCAGCGAAAAACAGUUGUGCUUAAUGCAAAAGUAUUUUUCAUUGUACAUGUUGAAGUAAAGUUAUUAUAUUAGGAGAUAGUAACAACUUCCGAUUACAUGUCUCCAGUUAUUUUGUUGUGCCUUUAUACACAGAAUUCUACACAUUUCCAUAAUUCAUACAUACUUUGUUAACAAAUUUUCAUUAAUAUCAAAAAUAUAAAAGCAAUCGUAUUUUUAUUCAUACUUAACCGCGCUUAAGUUUAGGAAAUAGUAUAAAUGUAACAAUAAUUCAACGACUUUGAAAAUAUAAAGCAAUUUUUGAUUAUAUUUACUUUAACGUAAGGAAUAAGAGCAAACUUUUCUGCGGAAAGCGUAACUUUCUUUAGGUUGGUUCUAUCGCGAUGAGUUUUUAUGACAAGUGUAACAGAAGGUUAUCUCCCUGGGGUUUUCUUCGAGUAUAAAAGUUCUUUUCCCGAAGCUUGGAUGAGCUUGCAUUUGUAUCUUAGCGUUACCACAUUUAUGGAAGAUCAGCUAAGAAAUAAGAAAACUUAAUUCCCCAUUCAUAAAAUAGAAAUAUAAUUACUUUGAUGAAAAGAUCAACUGAUUUUCAUUUAGUUUAUAAAUCUUAUAUUACUUAGAAACAACUUCUGCUGAAGUACUUAUCGUAAAAGUCACAGAAUCGUAAGUAUUUAUAUUACAUUUCUCCUCUGUUGACCGUUGGUCACAGAGGGAUAAAAUAAUUUUCCUUGAAGUAAUAAAAAUCAAAUAGUUUUUGCAAGCAUUAAAUUGUCCUUAAAACUUACGAGGACACUUUCGUCUUCAUAAAUUGUUGCUCGAGUCGUUUCCAACGCAAUUGCAAAAGAAUCUUAAAUUAUUAAACGUCUUCACUGAAAAGAGUUUUACGUUUAUUAUUUGAUUUGUAUAUCUAGGUUUUAAAUUAUGUUUUCUAUGACCAUAUCUACUAUGUAAAUGCACAGGGUAUAGUAAGCCUCGCUGGACUAGCACUUAUAUUGAUUGAUCAUCCUCGUUACCAAAAAAGCAUGAUGGCUCGAGGUAAAUCGAGGUGGUGGAGGUAAAUGCACGUCAAUCGAGGGAUGGUUAGUUAACGAUAACUACAACUUUCGUCCGUAAAUGAGGAAAAGGAAAGAGUUGUAGAAGUUAUACAAAAAGUGCCUUUAGUGUUAAAGAUUAUGUUGAUUAAUUUCGAUAUUUGUUCAUAAUUAAAAAUUUCUCCAAAUUUCGAUGUGGUAUUAAUGGAAGCUUGUGUAAAUGUCAUCGAAUAAAAAAUAUAUGGAACACUACAUAAAACUCCUUAUAUUGUUGUUUAACUUUUAUAGAACAUUUUUCUUUUGUUUUCUUGUCUUUGGUAUAGAAUAUUAUUUUUUCGUUAAUGUAAAUAAUACAAACUGAAGAUAUAUCUUUCUAUCAUUACAUUCUUAAUUCAAAAAACUUGUAUAAAUAUUAUGUAGUAAUUUUAAAAAUCUUGAAAUUAUUUGCUUAGCGUUUUCUCCCUUAUUUGUAGGAUGUAUAUUACUAAUUUUAAAUUGAAACGCUAUCUUUUAGAAAAAAACUUUGUUAUUUAAGUAUAAGUCGAAGUUUAAACAAAUGAAAAAAUAUAUGUGAAUGAGGAUUUCACUUACUGAGCACUAAUGCGCGUUGGAGAUCGAGGUUGGUCUCUCAGCAAGCGUACAAUCCUACCAAUAAUUUGCAAAUCGGAAACUCGAAAAAUUUUUUCGACUACAGUGACUGUGUCGGUAGCACUCACACACUUACCCAAACCCAAAUUGCAAGUUGAAAUAUACGGUAAACGGAUAAACUUUAUGAUUGACUUCACUUGUGCACACCUAUGGCCGUUUUCUCUCUUUUUUUUAAAUAAAAUAUAUACGCCCGCAGUUUCGCUCAGUAAAACUCAAAAAA